CUCGACGAACACGAUGGAUACACGAGGUUCACGUUGACGAUUUGGAAAAAUCCUCCACAAACGUACUUCUUUAUAAUCUUUCCUUCCAAAACAAUAAUUAUUUCCUCUUCUUUUCCACAAUUUCUAGGAAUCAAUCAAAGCUUCUGAUUCUCCAACAUCACCCAAACGAACAACUCUCAAUCUGUCUGCAGAUCUCAUUUCUUGGUGACAUCAGUGGUUAACACAAUCAGCAAUCACAAUGGAUUAUGGACACAUGAUUUUUCUUGGAGUUACUUCCUCUGUUGUUCUCACCGGAAUUUUUUCUUUAUGGCUCCUUACCCAACAUCUCUCUAACUGGAAAAAACCAGCGGAACAAAAGGCCAUUGUUAUUAUAAUUCUUAUGGCUCCUUUAUAUGCUGGUAUCUCCUACAUUGGUCUGUUGGAAUUUAUGGCAAGCAGUACUUUCUUUUUGUUCUUGGAAUCAAUCAAGGAAUGCUAUGAGGCUUUGGUGAUAUCUAAGUUCUUGAGUUUGCUCUACAGCUACUUGAAUAUAUCCAUAAGCAAAAACAUUGUGCCAGAUGAGAUCAAAGGUAGAGAAAUCCACCAUACUUUUCCGAUGACCCUCUUUCAGCCUCACAGUGCUCGAUUGAAUCAUCACACGUUGAAGCUUCUCAAGAACUGGACCUAUCAAUUUGUUGUGAUUCGUCCUGUAUGUUCCAUCUUGAUGAUUGCUCUUCAACUAAUUGAUGUAUAUCCAGACUGGCUCAGUUGGACAUUUACUAUCAUAUUAAAUGUCUCAGUGUCGCUUGCAUUGUAUUCCCUGGUGAUCUUCUAUCAUGUAUUUGAAAAGGAGUUGAAACCACAUAGCCCUCUCGCAAAGUUCUUGUGCAUCAAAGGGAUUGUCUUUUUCUGCUUUUGGCAGGGAAUUGUUCUUGAGAUGCUUGCUGCAGUGGGCAUAAUCAAGGCAGAACAUGCUUGGUUUGAUGUUGAGCACAUAAAUGAAGCCUUACAAAAUACUUUUGUUUGUGUGGAGAUGGUUUUCUUUGCGAUGAUUCAGAUGUCUGCAUAUAGUGCUAACCCAUACAAAUCUAAAUCUGAAGCAAAAUCUAAAUUGGAGAAGAAGGAACAGUGAAAUCUCACUUGGUUCGGUAACACGCAUCAAUUUAGACGAGUACUUAAUAAUGAAUCAGCCAUAAUGGUAGGUAGAUUUCGAGCUUCCAUCAUUUAUGUGUGAAAUACUGAAUUUUACAUAUUGGAACUUUAUUUUGGCUAUUACGGCGUUAUAGGCAAUAUUGUUGUGGCAUAUCCUUAACCAAAUUGAGCUUUUUGGUAUAUAAACUUCCUGUCACUUUUGGCUUC